AUGGCUUUCAAACUACCCUUUCGACACUGUACUCCGCAGAGUCGAAGCCAGAUAACUGCUGCAGGACGAGGAAUUCGGCAAGCAGUCACUAUGAGAACUCCUUUGGUAGCUUGCAAGCCAUGGACAGCUCGUGGAAAUAAUGAACGACGCUAUACUACUGCUGGUGUGGCUGGAUCGAACGUCACUGGGCUGGCAAAAGGAACUGAGGUUGGUACUAGGCGAUUCGCCGACUUCGAUCUUGCUGGUAAAACAUUUGUUGUAACGGGUGGUGCUCGAGGCUUGGGCUUGGCCUUGGCAGAAGCGCUCGUAGAAGCGGGCGUUUACUGUCUUGACCGGCUACCAGAGCCCGACCAGGAAUGGCAAAGAGCUUCUCAACGUGUCAUUCCGGAAUGGGGUGGCUCAUUGAACUACAAGCAAUUGGAUGUUAAUAACACUUCAGAACUGAACAAGGUCAUCGAGGGUAUCGCACAUCAAAAUGGGGGGAUACAGGGAGUUAUUGCCGCUGCUGGUAUACAGCAGCUUACGCCAGCACUAGAGUAUAAGGAGGAGGAUAUCAAUAAGAUGCUGCAGACAAACUAUACAGCAGCAUUCAUGACGGCACAGGCCGCUGCCAGGAUGAUGCUCAAGUAUAAAAGUCAUGGAAGUAUUUGCCUUGUGGCCAGCAUGUCUGGUUCUGUGGCGAAUAAAGGAUUAUUGUCGUCGGCUUAUAAUUCCUCUAAGGCGGCGCUGAUACAACUGGCGCGAAAUCUCGCCAUGGAGUGGAGUGGUACCACAACUGACCACGGGGGCGGUAUCCGAGUUAAUUGCCUGAGCCCAGGACACAUAAUUACUCCAAUGGUUUUGAAAAACUUCGAGGAGGUGCCCGGCUUAAGAGAGACAUGGAGUCAAGCCAACAUGAUGGGCCGACUGGCUGAAACAAGCGAGUUCAAAGGUGCAGCGCUAUUUUUAAUGAGUAACGCCAGCACCUUUAUGACGGGGAGUAACUUGGUCAUAGAUGGUGGUCAUACAGCAUGGUAA